UCCAUGAAUUGGGGGCCACCGCUUGUCCCAAACACAAGUUUACAUGGCCGAUUAGCACCAGUGCAGAGCUACUAUUGCACGCCAGCAUAGUUUACUUCUGAUAAAUGACACAAUCAGCAGCGAAGCUACAACCUGCCCUGCUUAUAAACCUUAUGUGCAACUUGUUUCUAGUGACGGUAAAUCGAUCAUCAAGUCUAUGGGUAUGACAUGAUGCCACCUUAGCCUGACCAACAAUAAAUCGGACUUCCAAUUCACUCCCAGAUCAGAGCGUCUCGCGUCUUCUGAAGACGGGCUAUCGGGACUGGUUUGGUUCGUGAGCGCAGGCAAUAGUGAUCCAGUGUUCGUAUUUCAAUAGCGUACUUUACACGACUGACUUGGUAAUAUGUUUGAAUCCGACAGCGACGGGGAUUUGAAAAGCGCGCGAAAAUUUUCAUGCCGGGAACGGGAACUAUCGCCACUGUUUGGGUCUGAUAGUGACACAACAGACUCAAAAAGGGUAAAGCCGGGUCCUAAGCAGGACAAAUUCGAAGCUCUGCUUAAGCUGACCCAGCAUGGCAACAGCAAGAAAAAUGACAACGAUAACAACUCAACGACAAGCGCAACCACUAAGAGCCGUAAAAAAUUGGCGAUCAGCGGUGGGUCGCAGAGCGACAUGGAUGAGCGUGUUGAGGUCGCCAACGACGUGUCAGGGAGAAGGACGAAUUUUGACUUGACAAGAAAACGAACCAACAGCAGCAAUGGAAACAGAAAAAAGGGUGCAACCGAAGACGGAACUCAUAGCGAUGUCGAGAAGGAUCUUGAGAACGACAGCCAUUCGGAAAUGGAUGUUAAUGAGGGUCGUCGAACGCCGUCAGGUCGCAAGACAGCUCCAGCUAGUUCGAUGGCCACCAAGUCUUCAGGGAGAAGUAGGUCACCUUCACUCGUGUUUGAACCGACAUGUGAAAAACGUGCCCGGAAGAGUUCACCGGGGCCCACAGGCUCCGAGAAAGAAGAACACGAACCUUCAACCAAACGGCUGGCAGCCGGCGGACAUAGCAAGAACGCACAGCUAUCUGUGGAUGCCGAAGAGGACCCGCUGACUGCCAAACCAGGCGCCGCUCGUCAGAAGACGGUAACUGAGGCAGACGGCACUACUAAGGCUGUACCCACACCCCGGAGGGGUCGAGGACGUCUUGCGAAAGAUAAGUCUACUGUUAACACUUCCGGAAAUGAAAAGAACAGCUCAAACGUUGUCAGCGAUGGCGAAACCAUAGCGAAGCGCAAGUCAACGAACGGAAAACCACACGAUGAACAAGCUGACAACGAAGGUGCCCAACAAAACAGCGAACAUGGCGGCCGAAGUCAAAUCGAGACGGCCAAACCGGAUCAUAAGAAAUCCACCCCAGCAACCAAGAAGCUUCGUUGGCGACCCCAGAAAGGCACGUCUGGCACGAGCAGUGAAAAGGAUAAAGCGGUAGAAGCUACAAAGGAUAACGGGAAGCUUGCCAUUGAUGAAGAUGAAGAUGGAGAACAGGCAAAGUCGAACGUAAGCAAAAAAGCGACAGAGGAGCAAGACCAUAAUGAAGAACAACUGAGUGACGAAUCGAACAACUUUGAGGCAAAUCGUAAGCUUACGGCUGCGCUUGUUAGUGAAGCGAAGUCAAUCUCAGCACCGGGAAGAACAUCUAAAAGCAAGGUUACCAGCAUUCAUAAUGUAGACGAGAAGACAGCCAAACCGAAGCCGAACCAGGGGGAAAACUACGAGUUAGACGACGGCAAGGGAUCCAACCAGACCAAUAAUAGCGAUAGCGAUUGUAAAGACGACGCUGACCUUUUGAGUUCUAGCGAAGCCAUGAAUAUAGUCACGGUUAAGGCGGAAGUGCCAAAGUCAUUUGGACAACUUCGAAGAAGUACUCGAACUCAAGCAUUCGCAACAGUAGAAAAUCGAUCUGAGGAGAGCGAUCGUGAAACACCCGAACCUUCAGAUGAUGAAGCGUUCGUAGCACGUAUAAGUGCCAAACAUUAUAGGAAGAACAGAAAGUCGAAGAGACUCUCUGCAGCUAAAAAGACUGCGCAGCGCAAGGCGUCUAUGAAACUGCGAAGGCAGAAUAAAGCUGUCCGUGAGGAUAGUUCCGAUGAAAGUGAAGUGUCGCUUGCUGGGCAUCUUUUCAACCGUGGAGGCAGCUUACAUACCACUGUCAAACAACUGGUCGUAGCAAUCGCACGCAACACGGCAAUGCUAGGUGACCUCACUGCAGAAAUUCAUCAGUUGCGGGAAACUCUUCGAGAGGGGAGUGUCCCAGAUAUGAAACAGAGACAUGACAUAAAUUGAAGAUCAACGCUAUGCAGCCGAACGACCCAUAGAAUCGCUUCAACCAUGGUUACUUCUACCACAGAAAGGAUUUCUGCAUAACAAACACACAGAUAUUUGUGUGUAUCACAGAUCUCUACGAUUUGAUAGAUAAAAAUUGUCAGCGGAUAUGUAAUGGAUACUAUUGAUGAACCGUAAUUGUUACAUAUGAUGAUUUACGCAUUUUGGGUCGAUGAAAGUGGUAGAUGAUCACUGAAAAACAUCGACAUAUCUUAUGUAGAGAUCACAUGUCGGCAUUCUUUCGUGUCAGGUGUAGUUUCCAGGAGAUGUUUUAUGUAGAAUUUGAGGCUCCUAUGAUGUAUCCGAUAAAACAAAAAAAAAAUCAAGCAGAAUAUACAUAAGCAGAUGACAAAAUUUCCAUCAAAAAUUUAGUAAAGCUGCAUUCGGACGGUAAUAUGUUACCUCGAAACUCCAACAAACUAUAUAUAUAUAUAUAUACAUUUCCGUUUUACAUUCUUCUACUGAAAAUAAUUGUCCCUGUCAGUCAUCAAAUCUGUCACCACACUUGAUCAAGUAUCACGUACUACAGUAACGGUGUAUUGUGAAAACUACUUUUUUUUAGUAAAACUUCAUAAAAAAUUGCUUCACAAAGGAUCACAAAGCUCACGCAGUACUAAAGAAAAAAGGCACGAGAAAAUAACAGACUACAGCGCGCACAGCAGUCGCGCCGAGCAAGUAUCAUCGAGCGAAGAUCCAGAAUAUUAUUUAGUUGAGUAACAAUAAUGUGCUGUCUCAAACGUUAGUAAUAUUUAACCAUAAAACAGACCAUGGAAGUAAUGAAAGUAGUAGCGCACAGCCGAACCCGUAACCACAAAUUACAGAAACAAAAAUUGGAUAAUAACAACAUUUAGAUGAAUAAAACAACAUUGUCACUUCACUCUCGUAGAAACUAACUUGUAAAUUUGCGCCUCAUAAAACAAUGAAAGGUAUUGCAUAUUAUCGGCAGUAGCAAUUUAUAACGGAGUUCAGAUUGCAAUCAAUACUGUAGCGAGAAACACGAGAUUAAAUCGUCCGCUGUACCGCAUUAUUUUCCCCGCUUACGAACAUUAUACGAUACAUAACUACACGUGUUCUUAUGGAGGUCGCCUCUUAUAAAUAAUGAAUUUUUUAUAAUUAUUUAAGCGAUAAUAAGCGCUGAUUCUAUUGUGAAAUAGAAAUACUUUUCUUGUGUAAAAUAAAAAUAAAGAAUACCGUACAAGA